UGCGCAGGCGGAAGUCCCGGAUUGAGGCGCCGCCAUUUUUGCUGCCCGGACGCGGAGCGAGAGGGUGAGAGUCGGAGACGCUAUCCGCUUCCAUCCGACGCGCAGACCCUGCCGGAGCCGCUGCCGCUAUGGAUGAUCGGGAGGAUCUCGUGUACCAGGCGAAGCUGGCCGAGCAGGCUGAGCGAUACGACGAAAUGGUGGAAUCAAUGAAGAAAGUAGCAGGGAUGGAUGUGGAGCUGACAGUGGAAGAAAGAAACCUCCUAUCUGUUGCAUAUAAAAAUGUGAUUGGAGCUAGAAGAGCCUCGUGGAGAAUAAUCAGCAGCAUUGAACAGAAAGAAGAAAACAAAGGAGGAGAGGAGAAGCUAAAAAUGAUCCGGGAGUACCGGCAGAUGGUUGAGACUGAGCUAAAGUUAAUUUGCUGUGACAUUCUGGAUGUACUGGACAAACACCUCAUCCCAGCAGCUAACACGGGCGAGUCCAAGGUUUUCUAUUAUAAAAUGAAAGGGGACUACCACAGGUAUCUGGCUGAAUUUGCCACAGGAAAUGACAGGAAGGAGGCUGCAGAGAACAGCCUAGUGGCUUACAAAGCGGCAAGUGAUAUUGCAAUGACAGAACUUCCACCAACGCAUCCUAUUCGUUUAGGUCUUGCUCUCAACUUUUCUGUAUUCUACUAUGAAAUCCUUAAUUCCCCCGACCGUGCCUGCAGGUUGGCAAAAGCAGCUUUUGAUGAUGCAAUUGCAGAACUGGAUACACUGAGUGAAGAAAGCUAUAAGGACUCUACACUUAUCAUGCAGUUGUUACGUGAUAAUCUGACACUAUGGACUUCAGACAUGCAGGGCGACGGUGAAGAGCAGAAUAAAGAAGCGCUGCAGGAUGUGGAAGAUGAAAAUCAGUGAGACAAAAGCCAACGAGAGAAACCAUCUCCGACCGCCCCUCCCCACCCCUGGAGAUCCCCAUUGUCACUGAGAACCACAAAUCUGACUUUUACAUUUGGUCUCAGUUUAGGUUCUUACCCUGGUUUUUUGUUUUGUUUUCUUUUUUUUUUUUUUAAACAGUUUUCAAAAGUUCUUAAAAGGCAAGAGUGAAUUUCUGUGGAUUUUACUGGUCCCAGCUUUAGGUUCUUUAAGACACUAACAGGACUGCAUAGAGGCUUUUUCAGCAUGACUGUAUUGUCUCCAUGCCAGCUGUCACCAUAGAAACGGAAGUUCCAUUGGAAAGCCAUUAGACUUCUAGGUAAUGCAGCCGAGAGGUGAAGCACAUAGAGGCAUAUGUAGGAUCUUUCCUCUUUGGAAAUGUUUAAAUCAGCCUUGCUCCAAUGUUUAAACUUAAUCAGAUGUUAGCUCGAGGAGUUUGUUUGUAAAAGUGUUUCAAACUCUGCUAAAGUGUUGCUGACAAGCAUGGUGCUGGUAACAGUUCAACAAUCCGUGGCUGCUCAUUCUUGCCUCCUCUUCCUCUCCCUGAAGCAGGUUAGCAUUGAAGGUGGUAUGGAAAAGCCUGCAUGCGUGUUCAGUUCUUUGUUUCUUCUCCUUUCCUCUCCCCUGCCCUCCCUCCUCCCCUCCUUCGCUCGCUCAGCCUCUUUUGUUCAGUAUGUGUAACUUGAAGCUAAUUUGUACUACUGGAUAUCUGACUGGAGCCACAGAUACAGAAUCUGUAUUGUUCUUACUGAAACACAGCAUGGAAUUAACAUUAAACUUAAAUAAAAACAAACCUAAAUUAAAAAUGCCAAA